GGGAGCUCGGCGUGUGCGGGGGUUCGUGCGUCAGGCGCAGAAAAGGCGCAGGUUUAAAAGUGGCCCGGGAUAUUUUCUGACCAGCUUUACGGCGACACGAGUAACGAGGGGGAGAGCACGUGGGACGUCCUGCGUGGAACAGUUGCUCCUCGGCCACCAGUGAUGGGUUUCACUUAUACUGUAUACUAACGGACUUGGUGGUGGAGGGGAAUCAACAGCGCGUUCUGCGUCCUUCGGGCUGCGGUAAAACGCAGGCUGCGCCGUGUUCUAACUUCACUCCCCUCCGUGAAGACAGCGGAGGAAACGGAUCAGCUUUUCCAGUGCACUUCGAAAAGUGUAACGUGUCUGCGAGCGCGAGGAAGGUGUGCGUCUGCGACGCCAGGACUGACCUCAGGGCCAACCUCUGCUGGUGACAUCAUCCCUCCUCGCGGCUCGUCGCCUCCGCUUGGAGUCCCAUCAAGGUCCGCGUCUCCCGCUGCGACCGAAGGCGAUGCCUCGACACCAUUCAUUCUCACGCAGGCACUCGGGACCCACGCGCGCACACUCGCACCGCUCGCCCGGGCAACUUGGACAACUUUUCUGAGAAGCACCAGCGCGCGACGAUGACAGAAGAAAGCCGAGGCAAGCGACGGAAACAAGCCAAUCCGCGGAGAAACCGAGUGGAUUCUGAGCAAGUGACGUCACUGGGAUCUGACGGAGAGGAUGAGGUGGGCCUGUGGUGCCUGGAGCCACAGGACUGCCAGGAGAGCCUGGACAAGAGGAGCCUGACUCCCAGCGAGGGCACGGAGGAGCCCGGCAGCCCCGCCGGACCCACGCGGCCGCACUGCCUCAGCCCCGGCGCCAGGAGCUACUGGGCGCAGGUGGAGCCGGACGGCGAGGCGGGCGACGCCGCCGCCAGCCUUUCCACCGCCAACAGGGAAGGAGAGCAGGAACCACUGACAAUGUCCUAUAAAAACUCGGACUCCCAGAAUGCCUUGCAUGACCUGGCCCAGUAUGAGUUUCUGGCCCAGCUGAGGAACCAUAAUGGGAUGGCAGCCGCCUACUACCAGGGCGGCCGGCACGACGAGCUGCCCCCCGCCGUCUGGUCUCCUGGAGCUCAGCACCACUCGCCUGAGGGGGCAGGUCGGCCUCCGCAGGCGUGCCCGUUCUGCCACAGGAUGUACCAGCGGGGAGCCUCGUUGCGGGACCACAUCAAGUACUGUCAGGAGAGGGAGGGGGGCCACAUGGUGUGUCCCCACUGUGGCUACACUGCCACCCAUAGGGCGCAGAUGGAGCGGCACCUGGCCGUGCACAGCCAGCUGCAGGACAAGAGCUCCAUCAUGUUGGAUCAAGGCCUGGAGAACAGGAAGUUCAAGUGCCUGCAGUGUGGGAAAGCCUUCAAAUACAAACACCACCUCAAAGAGCAUCUCCGCAUCCACAGCGGUGAGAAACCUUAUGAGUGCUCCAACUGCAAGAAGCGAUUCUCGCAUUCUGGCUCCUACAGCUCCCAUUUGAGCAGCAAAAAGUGCCUCAGUGGUGGAGGAGGUGGAGGCGCGAACGCGGCGGGUCCCUUCAACGGCCACAGCCACAGCUCCUACCACCACUCGCUGGUGACGUCUCCCUCCGCAGGCGGAGGGAGAGGCGGUGGCGACAAGCGUUCCCCCGUCACCCCGCAGAACCAGGACAAUGCCAGGUCUCUGGGCCUGGCACCAGAAGAUCAGCAGGACCCCAGCCAGAACCCCCCAGCGUUCCCUAAAGCCUCUGAUGUGGCCCAGCUGUGGGACCCACUCACAGAGCUCUCACUCAGAGCAAGUAUCCCAAAGUCCAGCACCGUGCUGCCUUACCCCUACGCCGGGUCCAUGCUGGAGCACAUGCUCCAUCAGAUGCUCCACAGGGAGGCGAAGAGGGACGAGGAGGGCGGCGCUGGAGCCGAGGGGAAGAGGGGGAUCCAAAACGGAGGGGAAGGUGACAUCAGGACGUCGCCGGGCACGGGGUCGGUGGAGGAGGAGCGGGGGGCGCCGUGUCGCUGGUGCUGCCAGCUCUUCCCCAGCGUCGCGGUGCUUCUGCAGCACGAGCGCUACCACUGCAAGAUGAACCGCGAGGCGGCGGAGUUGCCCGACGCGCUUCACAGCAAGAGCCGCCUCUCGCCGCCCAGAUUCCUUCCCGCCUCGGCCUUUCAGGACAACAGUAAAGCGGCCGGACUGAGCAACGGCUCCUCGGGGAACCGGUCGCCGCUGCAGAAGCCCAGCUGGCACGCGCUGCCGCAGCAGCUCCUGGUCGCCGUGAACUCCCCGCCACGCGCCCGCCACGAGGCGCGGGCCGCGCCGGCGCGCUGGUCCGGCCAGGAGAAGGGGAGCCCGGGCCAGAACCUCAAACCCUCCUCGGACCUGGCGUCGCCUCGAGCCAGGAAGCGAGUUUACGCCUCGGCGCUCGGCUCUCCCGCGCGCCCCGACCUCGCCGGCUGUCCCCCUGAACUGGGCUCGCCUCAGAACCAGGCCGACGGCCUCUGGUCGGCCCAGGACGAACCUCUGGACCUCUCCCUGCCGAAGCGCCUCUCGGACCAAGAGGGGAGGAACCAGACCCUCAACGGCGGUUCGAGCAAAGGCGAGAGGAGGGAGUUUGGAACUCAGCAGCUGAGGAGACAGAGUCCAACUUCCAACCUGGCCCUUCACCAGCACCCAGUCUACAGCAGGGCCAAGGCUCCGGUGUUUCCAGGCUCCUUAUACAACGGCUUCCCUUUCUUCACUCAGCCGGGUUUAGGACUUCCAGGGCAUGACGGCGUCGCACCGGUUUCUUUCAGCCAGCCGGGCAACGGCCCUGGGUUUCUGCCUCCCAUCGCUUACAUGAUGGAGGCGGAUGCAGAGGCCGCACUGAAAAAGCUGCACCAGGACAGACAGGCGCUCAUGGGUGAAGUGUUCAGCCGAGGAGCCCUGGACUACCUCUGUCUGAUGGAUGAGGGGCUGGAGGGGGACGGAGGGCCGGGCAGGAAGAGGCUGAAGAAGACAGACGAGGGGCUGUACGCGUGUGAUAUCUGUGAAAAAACCUUCCAGAAGAGCAGCUCUCUGCUCCGGCAUAAAUACGAGCACACAGGUAAACGUCCGCACGAGUGCAAAAUCUGCAACAAAGCCUUCAAGCACAAGCAUCAUCUGAUCGAGCACAGCCGGCUGCACUCUGGAGAGAAACCCUACCAAUGUGACAAAUGCGGCAAGCGCUUCUCUCACUCCGGCUCCUACUCGCAGCACAUGAACCACCGCUACGCGUACUGCAGCAAGGACCAGGACCCCGACCAGGACCACGACGACAUGCCCUUCGCCCCCAGACCCGGCAGCAGCCUCGGGCGCCGCAUCUCCGACGAGACCCGUCUGUCCACGGACGAGACGCAGACGCCGCACUCCUUCCUCAGCGACUCCAGUCUGGACGGAGCUGCAGACGCCCUCAAGGAGGAGGACGAGGACGGUCGGGCGCGCGGUGAGGAGGUCCAGGAACCGCCGGAGCACAGAUACCAGCACGAGAGGAACGGUAGCGACGGGAGGAGCCACGCUGGCGGCGCAGAGAGUCGCACGUGGGACGCCGACGAGCAGAGUGGAGAGUCGAACAAAUGUGAACCAAGCCUGGACAUAACAGACCUACCCAGAAUUAAAACUUAGAGCAAAUCACAGGGCGGAGAUUGUAAAUAUUAGGACUUCCAUUCAACACACACACACACACACACACACACACACACACACACACACACACACACACACACACACACACACACACACACACACAAACAGCCCGAAUUUUUUUACUUGUUUUAAAUGCACACAAAAGCCUUAAAGUGGAUGAAGCCAUACCAACAAAAACAUAUGUGACUUUCAUUUACCAAUACGUUUUAUCAUCAAGAAUUUAUCAUGCACAACUGUCUCGAUGCACCCAUAGGGUGGUAUCUUGCCAUAGAAAGUUAGCAGUUGUCACACAUGCACCUGCAAAGCCUUAUGUCUUUGCACAAACCAUAAAAGCGGAGGCUUUUGGGUUUUUUUCCAUCCAGCGUCCAGAUGAUUUCUCUGAAUGUGUUCACGUGCAGACGUGCACACGCACAGAGCUGAGUGGAUGAUGACGCAUCACGCGUGGAUGCAACGCGCCGUCAGGGCCUCGGGCAGAGACGCACCCGCCUUCACAGAACCACGCUUCCUUUAUUUAUUCCUCUUAAUAAGCGCACAGCGUGUGUGUGUGUAAAACAUCCUGUGGCGCAACAAGGUUUUACCUCUAUUAUAUUAUAUUAUUAAUAUUUAGCAAUAACUGAUACAACACAUGCAGCUAUUAUGUCGUCCUGGAGCCAGGAAGCGCUCGAGAGCUUAGGACGUAUUCAUGCUGUGAAAUCACAAGGUGCAACCAGCUCUUCUUCAGGCAGACGAUGGUGCUUGACCUCUGACCCACAACUCCUAGUGUUAAAGAGAGGACCCGCUUUUUAUUAUGAGACCGCGGACUGCACCUUUUCCUUCGUAGGCCUUGCUAAAGGACAGUCAUCCCUGUUUGGGAGCUUUAAAGGAGCCAGUAGGCCUCUGUUUUUCCCUCAACGGGGAGCAAAUAAAAGGGUCGAGGCUCAGGACGCGCGCCUCAGCUCGCGACUUCCUCUUUCUGGCUGCGACGCAGUGGACGUGAAAAGGGCCUGAGAGGCGGCGCCUCGCGCGGCGGAGCCUUGGCGCGCGAGAUAAGACGGCGGUGCACGAGGUGUGACUGGGCCUGUGGCGCUCAUGCAUACCCUGCGCCACAGGCACUUCUUGUUCGCGGCGUGGGCGCGUGUGUGGGUGUGUGUGGGUGUGUGUGUGUAUGUGUGAGUGCGUUUAUCGCCGCAGAUAUGCACAUGUGACACGUCAACCACCGCCGCGGCCUCACGCAGUUCCUCACCUGCCACUCUUGCACACUUUCCUCCAUAUUACGUGUCUGUCCGUGCAACUUUUUGUAUUACUUUUUUAUAUGGAUGUUCUUUUUUUCCUGCAUGUUUGUGGAUAUUUGUAAUAAAAUUGUAAAUAGUUUGUGACCAGAA